UGAUGAUCGGUUUAUGUUAAUUACAUAAGCAAAACGUAAAUGAUUCGCGGGAAAAGGUGAAAAAAUGGCGACGUUCACUGACUGCAUUUCUGCGCCUCUGGAGCUGUAAAAACAUCAGAAACUCUCUUACACAUCGCGAAUGGGAUUUCGGGCUACCAGAGGAGGAAUAUCUGCACUUUUGGCGCGUUUUACCCGCGGGAUUGGAGAGAAAUCAAAGCGGAAGUUUAGGUGUGUCUGCAGUCAGCAUGUUGGUAUCGGCCUGUCGGGACGGAUAUCUGACAGUCGGGUCGGAACCUCUAGAAUCCAAGCACCUGCUUCCCAAGAGAGAGAAAACCUGCAGCGACCAGGAAACUAACUUGACCGUGGGCCAGUACGUGCUGUGUCGCUGGUCUGACGGCCUUUACUACCUGGGCAAGAUCCAGAGGGUGAGCACCUCAAAACAGAGUUGCUUUGUGACGUUUGAAGAUAACUCCAAGUUCUGGGUGCUUUGGAAGGACAUACAGCAUGCUGGUGUCCCUGGGGAAGAACCCAAAUGCUCAGUGUGUUCUGACAUGUCUCUGCAUCCUGAUAAUGAAAUUCUUAUCUGUGGAAAGUGUGGAAUAGGCUAUCACCAGCUCUGCCACUUGCCCCCAGUGGAGAGCUCAGCUGACCUUCCUCCGUGGUUCUGCAGGAAGUGCAUUUUCGCUUUAGCUGUGAGAAAAGGGGGAGCUCUGAAAAAGGGGCCAAUCUCCAAAGCGCUGCAGGCCAUGAAGCAGGUGCUGCCCUAUAAUCCAGAGGAGCUGGAGUGGGACUCUUUGCGUCGUACGAACCAUCAGCAGUGCUACUGUUACUGCGGAGGACCUGGAGAGUGGUAUCUGAAAAUGCUGCAGUGCUUUCGCUGCGAGCAGUGGUUUCAUGAGGCGUGUACGCAGUGCCUACAGGAGUCCAUGAUGUUUGGAGAUAGGUUUUACUUGUUCAUUUGUGCGGUGUGCAAUAAAGGAGUGGAAUACAUCAAGCGGCUGGCUCUCAGAUGGGUGGAUGUGGUCCAUCUUGCCCUGUACAACCUGGGAGUCCAAAGUAAAAAGAAAUACUUUGAACUGGAAGAAAUUCAGACCUUCAUCACCAACAACUGGGACAAUUUCCAGAUGGGCAAGCUCUCCAACACUCCUCUGUCUGAACGGGGCCAGUGUAUUCUUGAUGCCCUCAACAACUAUAAAAGCAAGUUUCUCUGCGGCAAGGAGAUCAAGAAGAGGAAAUACAUUUUCCGACUAAGAACAAGGGUCCCUCCUAACCCCCCAUCUAAGUUGUUUCCGGAGAAGGCCCAGAACAGUGAGGGCCACAGGGGCCGCAAGAAAGGGGCCAGCAGAAGCAGUAACUCUGUUCCUGCAGAGAAGCGGAGGAAGAAGAGGCACAAGUGGCUGCUGGAGGAUGCUAUUCCUAAUAAUGACCUCACCUCUGCCUGGAGCACCAAUCAUCACAUGGCCAACAUAUUUGACUUCACGCUGGAUGAGCUGCAGAGUUUGAAGAGCACCAGUUCAGGACAGACGUUCAGCAUGGACCAGGACUCCACCGACGCAGCCAGCACUUCUGGUUCUGCCACCACCAGCGUCUCCUAUGACUUCAGGAAAAAUGUGGGCAGUCGGAAGAGGAAGUUGCCCUCUUCUAAUUACACCGUGCUGGCCACAAAAAGAGAGAUGGUGGAGCGUGAGCUCAGCCCCAUCAGCAUGCCUGGAGAGGAGAGUAACGUCAUGAUGGAGAACAGCAUCGACAGCCACACCUUUGAGAGCAUCAGCGAGGACGAUUCCUCGCUGUCUCACCUCAAGUCUUCCAUCACCAGCUAUUUCGGGGCGGCCGGUCGGCUCACCUGCGGUGAGAAGUAUCAGGUUCUGGCUCGUAGGAUCACACCUGAAGGCAAGGUGCAGUAUUUGGUGGAGUGGGAAGGAACUACACCUUACUGAAUAUCACAGAACAGAGGUGUGAAACAGAUGGGCCGCAAAGGAAGGUGUCACGCGGGCCCCCUCCCCCCCAUAGUUUCUCCGUUUUGCUUUUCUGACAGUCAUAGUUUCGGAGUUCUAGUUUUGUUUUCGUUGUUCUCCACAAACCGCAUAUAGUGUUUUUUUUUUUCUAAUACUCUGGUCUUUACUCAUGUGGGACAUUAAAGUCUUUGCAGUGUCCUUUUAGGGCACUUUAAACAAACAUCAUUCUGUCUAGUAACAUAUACUAACCUUACAGUCUAACAUCAUUACUAGCUAGCAGAUAAAGUACAGUAUUAUACAACAUGAAGUCAUUUCACUUUAGUUUCGGGAUUCAAACCGUUUAAAAGCAUUCGCCCCUUUGAGUUUCAUUUCCUGUUAUUCACAAUGUCAAAGUUCGAGUUGUAAGUUUAGUGUUCAUCCAAAAAUGAGCGUUUGCUGCAAAUGUACUCACUCUCAGGCCAUGCAAGAUGUAGAUAAAUUUUUUCAUCAGAAGAGAUUUGGAGAAAUUAUCACUUGCUCACAACUGGAUCCUCUGCAGUGAAUGGGUGCCGUCAGAAUGAGAGUCCAAACAGCUGAUAAAAACAUCACAGUGAUCCAUAAGUAAUCCACACAACUCCCAGUUGAUCAGUUAACAUCUUGUGAAAUGAAAAGCUGCAUGUUUAUUACAAAAAAAAAAUCCAUCAAGGCAUUUUAACUUUAAAACUAUUGAAAAAAGCCUCCUGUUGUCCAUUCAUAUCAAAAUCUAACAUGUUUGU